AUGAAAGACGAGUUUCUGAAGCAUGAUGACUACAACGUGAUCGUGGUCGACUGGAGCCGAGGCAAUGGGCCCCCGUACACAAAGGCGACGGCCAACACAAGAGUGGUGGGGGCCGAGCUCGCGCUGCUCAUAUCAACUCUGCAGAAUGCGACCGAUGCGUCUCCAGCGGACUUCCACAUCAUCGGCCACAGCCUCGGUGCGCAGAUAGCUGGCUACACCGGCGAGCGCAUCGACAAGAUCGGAAGGAUUACUGGAUUGGACCCCGCCGGUCCGUACUUCUUCCACAUGCCGCCGGCUGUGCGGCUAGAUCCCACCGACGCAGCCUUUGUCGACGUGAUCCACUCCGACGCAAGCCUGCCUUUCAGUAUCGUCUCGAACCUCGGAUUCUUCAACGAUAAAGGGUUCGGGAUCGACCAAUUGGUCGGUCACGUGGACUUCUACCCUAACAACGGGAACCGGCAGCCAGGCUGCCGCAUGCAGCACAUCAACAGUCUUCUCCUGGAAGGCAUGCUGGAGAGCGUUCGACGCCUCGCAGCCUGCGACCACCAGAGAUCGGUGGACUAUUUCAUCGCCACUAUCAACCGGAGGCUAUGUCUGCCCGUCGGGGUGGCCUGCAGGUCUUGGGAAGAAUUCACGGCUGGCCGCUGCGGUGGCUGUGCCUCUGGUCGGGGUCGAUGCGCCGUCAUGGGCUUUCUUGCCGACAAGGUGCGGAGGCUGCCUCGAAGGAGCGGCGACCGUAGUCGGGGAAAUCCCGCCAAGCUUUACCUAAAGACGGACCCGGAGCCACCGUACUGCCGUGAGUGAUACGCGUCAAAAUAUAUAUGUAUAAACUCAUAUAGGCCAUC